UCCUGACUGCACUACGAUUCACUUCACAAGGGCAGGAAAAAUAUCACAAAAGCCCUUUUUCAGUCAAUAAUUUGGCAUUUUCAAAAAACAGCUAUCAUACGUUCAUAUGAACAACACGGUCUCAAUCUAAAGUCACAGAGAAACACUGGGACAAUGGCAGCAGACUGGUUGGGCAGUCUUGUAUCUAUUAACUGUGGUCCUACACUCGGAGUGUACCAGGGAGAAGUGUCCUCGGUCGACCAGUCCAGCCAAACCAUCUCCCUCCGGCAGCCUUUUCACAAUGGAGUCAAGUGCCCUGUGCCGGAGGUCACGUUCAGUGCCAUGGAUAUCAAGGACCUCAAGAUCCUGAAUAUCCACCCUGGCAGCAGUGGGAAUGGCAUCAGCUUGGCCGCCUCUGGCGUGCUCGGCGGGCUCGGCGGGCGCGGUGGCGGUGGCGGCGGGGGCGGCGGCAGGGUCGGGGGCGCCCUGGUUGGUAGCACCCCUAUGGUGGUGCCCGGCCGCGUGGAGCACAGGGCGGGGGAGGGGCACGGGUCGCCCCAGCAACCCUGCUCCAAGAGCUACGGUGAGAAACACAUGGACGCCGCCGGCCAGACCAAAGGCUUCCGCCGCAGACACAACUCCUGGUCCUCCAGCAGCCGCGGCGGGAACCAGGCCACGCCGAAGAAGAACGGGCUGAAGAACGGCGGCCAGAUGAAGAACAAAGACGACGAGUGUUUUGGGGACGCGAUGGACGACGGCCUAGACGAGGACUUUGACUUUGAGGGCAACCUGGCGCUGUUCGACAAGGCGGCCGUCUUCUCCCAGAUCGACACGUCGAGAUCGCGAGGCACGCCGGAGAAACAGGCACCAGUGCGCUACCGGCAUGACGAGAACAUUCUGGAAGCCAAACCCGUCACUUACCGGCAGAUAGCAGUGCCCCAGCCCGGUGCCAAAGAGUACUGCACAGACUCCGGGCUGGUGGUGCCCAGCGUGGCGUACGAGCUGCACCAGCGGCUGCUGGGCGCGGCGGAGCGGCACGGUCUGUCUCUGGAGCGCCGGCUGGAGAUGACGGGCGUCUGUGCCAGCCAGAUGACCCUCACGCUGCUGGGAGGACCAAACAGGCUGACCCCCAAGAACGUGCACCAGCGGCCGACGGUGGUGCUGCUGUGCGGGCCUCACGUGCAGGGCGCUCAGGGCGUCAGCUGCGGCCGUCACCUGGCCAACCACGAGGUGGAGGUCAUCCUCUUCCUGCCCAACUUCGUCAAGAUGCUGGAGGCCAUCACCAGCGAGCUCUCGCUCUUCUCCAAGACGGGAGGGAAGCAGGUGUCCAGCAUCAAAGACCUGCCCGCCAGCCCCGUGGACCUGGUCAUCAGCUGUCUGGACAGCCAUGAGAACGGCUUCCUGCGAGACCAGCCCUGGUACCGCGCCGCGGCCGAAUGGGCCAACCAGAACCGGGCGCCGGUGCUGAGCAUCGACCCGCCGGUGAGCGGGCAGGAGGCGGCGGUGGAGGCCAAGUGGUCUCUGUCCCUGGCGCUGCCGCUGCCACUGCCGGAGAGCGCCGGGCGCGUCUACCUGUGCGACGUCGGGGUGCCCAAACAGGUGUUCCAGGAGGUGGGCAUCAAGUACCACUCCCCCUUCGGCUGCAAGUUCGUCAUCCCGCUGCACUCGCCGUAGCCAUGGCGCCCGGCUGACCACACCUGAACUCUCACCUCUGACCUCUGUCUGUGGGGUCGGGGGGCAUUGAGCCAGUGUUGAGCCUUAACUGCCUGACCGUCUGGAGUGUAGAGCUGCCUGCUUAGUGGCAGAUAGACAAUGUGUGAGUGUGUGUGUGAGUGAGUGAAUGAAUGCAGUACAGAGUAUAUUUCUUUCUCGUCCUGUUUCAUGCGCGGACCCUAAAGCGCAUGCUGUACUGAAAAGAGAAAGUGAAUGAUUUAGUAUUCCCAAGAACAAUCUUUUUUUCCCACGUUUGUUCUUGUUUGUUUCUGGAGGAGUUGGUUCUCCUCGGAGAGUUCACCUGGAGAGCGCAGGAGGAGAAGGGACACCAACACCUGCUUCAUCUGUUCAGCGUGAUGUUUACAGAGUGAAACGCCUGACCUGGUGUGUGUGUGUGUGUGUGUGUGUGUGUGUGUGUGUGUGUGUGUGUGUGUGUGUGUGUGUGUGUGUGUGUGUGUGUGUGUGUGUGUGUGUGUGUGUGUGUGUGUGUGUGUGUGUGUGUGUGUGUGUGUGUGUGUGUGUGUGUGUGUGUGUGUGUGUGAGUGAGAGAAUGUGUGUGUGUGUGUGCGCGCGGCCGGUUUAUUUGCCUGCCUGUGAGGCAGCUCUUAAGGUUUGUGUUUUCUUCUUUUUUUUUUUGUUUUAUGCGAAUCGUGCUAACAACAAUCACACUGAGAUUUAUAUAGAGAAAAGUUCAGGGCACACACACACACACACACACACUCUCUCUUUCUCUGUCAGUCGGAGUGAGCUGUGUGACUCCUGUGUCCAGAGGGACUGUGUGAAAGGAAAGCAUCCUCUAGCUGAGUGAGCUGUGUGACUCCUGUUUCCAGAGGGACUGUGUGAAAGGAAAGCAUCCUCUAGCUGAGUGAGCUGUGUGACUCCUGUUUCCAGAGGGACUGUGUGAAAGGAAAGCGUCCUCUAGCCGAGAUGUGCGCUCGCUUGGUGCUCGUGUUGACGCUGUCCUGCUGUCCGCUCGUGCUGAUAGGCUGCUUACGAGCGCCUCAGUGUUCUUUAGCCCCUCGCUAUGGAGGACACGGCUCUAUGGAGGACACGGCUCUAUGGAGGACACUUCUCUAUGGAGGACACGGCUCUAUAGAGGACAUGACUCUGGGUCUAAACGUGGUCACUUCUCUAUGGAGGACACGGCUCUGGGUCUAAGUGUGUAGUGGAGACCAAGCCCAGAGCCUAGCUUAACUCGUGAGACAGUAACUGGGCCGAUAGUCGGCUAGCUUAACUCAGUUUCAGUAUCAAGAGGGAUGGUUGUUUACAUUUCUUUGACCUGAAGCUAAUGCUGCAUUUCAUUACUUUUAUUUAGUAUUUUGGCAUCAACAAGUAGAGUGUUCAGGGGCUUUCUUCGUUUGAAUGCGCUGCCUGUGGUGUUCUGCGGGGUCACUCUGUCUCUCAUGGUGGUGACUAUGACGGUGUGUGUUUUGAGGCCAGGUGUGUAUUUGAACUUCCAGGUAGGAUCUUCAGCGGGGCAGGUUCCGUGCCCUUCCCAGGGGUAUCUGCCGGGGGUAUCUGCCCAAUGGCUACUGGGGAUAUAUUCCCUGUGGUAUCUAGCCUGUUGGAAACUGGUGGCUGUUGAGUUUUAUUUGCAGUCAGAGUGGUCAGGUGGCCUCAGCCCAGCAGUGUGGUGGUGAAGCCUGGAUAGCUUUGGUCAUCACCGUUCAGUCUGUGGGCUGUUCUUCUGUCUGUCUACCGUCAGUCUACAUGUCUUUGUGUCUGUGUUUCUCUCUCUCUCUCUCUCUCUCCUUUUCUUUCUGCCUUUCUUUCUCUCUCUUUCUUUCCUUCUCUUUUUCAUUCUUUCUUUUUUGCUUUCUUUUUUUUCUUUGUUUCUCUUUUUCUUUCUCUCUUUUUUAUGAUUUAUUUGUAAUUUCUUUCUCUCUUGCUCUGUAUCUGUCGAUUUAAACUCUCUGGAAUUGAAAGCUGCAGUUCUAGAGUUGCCUAGACUUCAAGUUGCUUGUUGUCUGUCUCCUCUUUGAACUCUGCGUUAACUAAUGUGUGAGAGAUAUGGACUAAUGCGCAUUCUAAUGUCUAUGCGCUUUUUCAGAUUAGGUAACGGAAUCUUGUGAAAUUGGACUCCGCACCUAACUGGGACUUUGACUUGGAUCAAGGCAAUGAAAUUGCGGCGAUCCCUGAUUGGCUAAGGCAGUAUCUCACUUCUGUUGAUUAACGCAGAAAUUAUUGGGGAAGUGUUUUCCCAUUGUAGAUUUCUAUAUGAAAUCAGAUCCAUUUGAUGAGAAGGUCUUGUGGAGACUUGUUAUUAUUUAAGAGGCUUUACGGCUGCAAAGUCCUCAGAGUUCAACGGCCUGAGUGUGUGUGCUGGAGCUAGCAUGGCCCCUUAGCUGUGCUGGUGUGCUAGGACUGGAGCUAGCAUAGCCCCUUAGCUGUGCUGGAGUGCCAGGACUGGAGUUAGCGUGGCCCCUUAGCUGUGCUGGAGGGCCAGGACUGGAGCUACAGUAGCUAGCGUGGCCCCUUAGCUGUGCUGGAGUGCCAGGACUGGAGCUAGCGUGGCCCCUUAGCUGUGCUGGAGUGCCAGGACUGGAGCUAGCGUGGCCCCUUAGCUGUGUUGAGGGCCAGGACUGGAGCUAGCGUAGCCCCUUAGCUGUGCUGGAGUGCCAGGACUGGAGCUACAGUAGCUAGCGUGGCCCCUUAGCUGUGCUGGAGUGCCAGGACUGGAGCUAGCGUGGCCCCUUAGCUGUGCUGGAGCUAGCGUGGCCCCUUAGCUGUGUUAGCUGUGUUGAGGGCCAGGACUGGAGCUAGCGUGGCCCCUUAGCUGUGCUGGAGUGCCAGGACUGAACAACACAGUGAGCACGUUCCUUAGCUACGCCACCGUUACCCAUUUAACCAAACCAGUGGCCUGAUGGCAGCACCCAGCGAAGGAAAUCAACGUUAAUGUGGUCAAUCAUGUUUAUCUGCGCGUACACACACACACACACACACACACACACACACACACACACACACCCCUCCAUUUUCGUAUUUUCUAAGAUUCGUCUGUAAUGCGUAACUUAAAUGCAACUGUUGACACACCAUGGAAGCCCAAUUGUAGAUUGUAUGUAUGUCUGCAUUAGCUCAGCGGUGGGUCCAAAUUUUAUAAUUAUGGAUAUAUAUCCUUAAAAUGUCAGAUGAUUUAAAAGUAUAUGGGGUGCAUACGAGAAACAUAUAUUUACAUAUUUACAGAUGAUUGGUUUCUAACAUCAUGAUACAGCAUUCCUUUACUCCAGAGCAAGUUAACAUGGCAAAUAUGUGUAUCUGUGCGGCGGGAAUCGCUCUACGUUCACAGAUGAUUGUAGCAAAAAGAAAAAUGUGAAAUAUUCAGGUCAAAACUUUACUGAUACAUGACAGCAUCCAGUUUGUGUGUCUGCAAAAGUGAUUGUUGUCAUUGGCCACUAGGUGGCAUCAUAUCCACAGUUAAACAUUCAAUCCAACUGCAGCGGUGUGUACUUGUAAACCCGCCUAAAUAUUCAGGUUUUUUUUCUUCUUUUUUUUUCAAACUGUAAUUGUUCGUGAAGGGCAGAAUAUGGCAUUUGAUUCAGUGUAUGUUUUGUUAUCUUACACACUCUGGACCCUU